AUGAGCAGAAAAAAUGAGACCGAGCGGCAGAAGCAGAUACAGGAAAAGUGCCAGAUGCUGCUAACGAAGAUGCUGCGAGACGAUGACAACAAGUAUUGCGUUGACUGUGAUGCGAAAGGGCCGCGCUGGGCGUCCUGGAAUUUGGGCGUUUUCCUUUGCAUACGCUGUGCCGGUAUCCAUCGUAACCUGGGCGUGCACAUUAGCCGGGUGAAGUCGGUCAAUCUGGACAGCUGGACACCGGAGCAGGUGGUAUCACUAGAGCAAAUGGGCAAUUCUAGGGCCCGUGCCGUAUACGAAGCAAUGAUUCCGGACGGUUUCCGGCGACCGCAAACCGAUUCCGCGCUCGAAAGCUUUAUUCGGGCGAAGUACGAGCACAAGAAAUAUCUGGCACGGGAGUGGGUUCCUCCGCCCGCACCGAAAGUCGACUGGGACCGGGAGAUCGACGAGGAGAUCGAACGGCAAAAGCGCAAGAAAAAAGCGUCCUCUUCUGGUGGUGGUGGUAUCGGUUCGGUCAGUGGGACGCUUUCGCUUUCGUCAUCGGCAGACAAGAAAGGUCACGGUGCGUCCGGUGCGUCACCUUCGUCGACCGGCACCACGAUGGCCGCUGUGCCAAAGCUGAAAGCACCUGCCAGCAGUAUGAAAUCGUCCAGCCGGACGUCGGGCGUCUCUUUGAACACUUCCUCCUCCUCCGCAACAACCACCGACACUUCCACUGCCCUGUCGUCCAGUGGGCCCGGUAACUCUGCUGCUGGUGGUAGUGCUGGCAAUACAAGCGCCGGAACAGAUUUGCUCGGCCUUUCGCUCGGUGAAGGAAGCACAACGGUUAAUCACAACGCAGGUGCUAACAAAACGGCCAACGGACUAUCAGCCACAGCGAGCAGCAAUGGGAUGGAUCUGCUCGAACGCAAAAAUACCGACACGGACGAUCUGGCAAAGGUGGAAGCGGACUUUUUCAAUCAAUCCGGACCGGGCAACGGAGUGGACGCUAGCGGUAAGCUUACGAAGGAUAAAAUUAUGGCCCUGUACGGCUCAGCACCAAGCACGGUCGGGUCGUCGGUUGGCAGUGGAUUCGGUGGGCCAGCCGGUUUCGGUGGUUUCCAGCAGGCCGGCAGCACAUUUCCACCGGCUGCUAAUGCACCGGCCGCUACAGUACCAUUCAAUGGUGGCAUGAUGCCAACUAAUGCAUUCGGUGCAUUCCAAACGUUCCCGGGCUUGAACGGUGUUCCGGGUGCUGGUGCUCCGGGACAAUAUCCCAUGAUGGGUGGUGGUGUCGUCCCACCACAGAUGGUGUACAACAAUGGGGGUGUAGCCGCCCCGAACAUGAUGGCGGCCGGUUCCAUGUUCAACGCACAGACAGGUGCUCCCGCACAACCGCUCGGUAUGGUUCCUCCGUACGGUGCGAUGCCACAGUAUACGGCAGGUUUUCCUCCAAUGGUCGGUAUUCCGCAACACGGACAAGCAAUGCCCGCUGCAGCUGCUUUCGCAAACUUUCCUAAGACCGUCCCUCAGCAACAGCAGCAGCAGCAACCGCAACAGCAGGACAAACUAAGCAAUCAGUUCGGUACUAUGAAUCUGCGGGACGUGUGGCAAUAG